AUGAAGAUCAGAAAUGCAAGGAACAUGAUUAAUGAAAUAGAAGAUAAUGAGGGUAAUGUACUUGCAAAUCAGGAUCAAAUUGCUCAACAUUUGGCUAACCAUUUUCAAAAGAAAUUUGAGUCUGCUCCUGUGGAAAUAGCUGCUGAAUUAUUGGAAGUGAUUCCUAAAGUUAUUAAUGAAGAGGAUCAUAGAAUGCUUGAUUUCAUACCUGAGGAAGAAGAGAUUAAAGCAACAAUUUUUGACAUGGAUCCAGAAAGUGCUCCUGGUCCAGAUGGAUUUUCAGGGGUAAAUGUAAGUAUCAAACUUGACAUAUCUCAGGCUUAUGACACAGUUAGUUGGGAUUUAUUAAUCAAAGUCUUAAAGCAAUAUGGUUUUCCCAAUGAUUGGUAUGAGUGGUUAGUUACAUCGUUUAAAUCAGCAAGAGUUUCAGUUUUGGUGAAUGGAGGUCCUUGUGGUUUUUUCAAAGUUGAGAGAGGACUGAGACGGGGGGAUCCCUUAUCUCCAAUUCUUUUUGUGAUUAUGGAGGAUGUGCUUAGCAGAAAAAUUUCAGCUUUGGUGGAAAAAGGAAAAUUGCAGCCAAUGGUUACAAAAAAAGGUAUUCAUCCUACACACCUUUUCUUUACAGAUGAUGUGUUCAUUUUUAGUAAUGGAGGUAGAAAAAGUAUUUUGAAUUUUCUUCAGCUUCUAGAUACUUAUCAAGCAUGCUCUGGUCAAGUUAUAAACAAAGUUAAAAGUAAACUUUGUGUGGAUGGAACUACACAACAUAGGAGAAAAAUGAUUAGUGAGCUUGUAAAUAUGGAACUUUCUAAAUUUCCAGAUAAGUAUUUGGGAGUGUAUUUGGCUCCUGGUAAAAUUACUUCUCCAAUGGUAUGGACUAUUGUUGAAUUGAUUCAGAAAAAAUUAGCAGCAUGGAAGGGGAGAUUGCUUUCAUUUCAAGAUAGAUUGAUUUUAAUAAAAUCUGUACUUUGUAGUAUACCUAUUUACAAUAUUUCAGUCUACAAAUGGCCUUUGUCUGUGAUUAAGGUGUGUGAGAAGUUAAUUAGAAUUUUUUUGUGGACUGGAGAUGGUGAUGUAAGGAAAUAUGAGACAAUAUCUUGGAGAAGAGUUUGCGCACCAUAUGAGGAAGGUGGUCAUGGCAUCAAAAGAUUGGAGGUAGUCAAAAAAUCCUUAUUAAUGAAAAUGAUAUGGAAAAUAAUAAAUUCGGAUGAAGAAUGGGAAUUAUUUUUCUCUGCAAAAUUUAAAGACAGAAAUGGGCAAUGGACUUGCAAUUGGAAGCAAUCUUCAGUUUGGAAAGGCUUAAAAUGGGCCUGGAAUACUUUAAAGAAGAUAUUUGAUGGAAAGUGGGAGAUUGCUCAGGUAUUUCUGUUUGGGUUGACACUUGGUUUGGUAGUAAUACCAUAUUUGAAGAAAUUGGUUUCACAGAAUAUGUCAAAAGAACACACAAGAAUGAAAGUACAAGAGUUAAUUCAUGAUGGAAGUUGGUGCAUUCCAACUGAAUUACAACAAAUAAUUCCUAAGGUAAAUUUGCCAAUAAUAAGUGGUGGGAUUGAUGAGAGAGUGUGGAUAGUUGGUAAAGAUGAAAAAUUCUCCAUAUAUAUUGCAAUUGAGAAAAUAAGGCAUAGAGAAGCUGUUCUUACAUGGCCAAAGUAUAUUUGGAAGUAUUUCCUUCAUCCCAGCAUAACUAGUAACAUCUGGAAACUGCAACAAGCAGUAUAUGUAGAUGAUGAAGUAAUGAGAAGCAGAGGAUUUGAAAUGGUUUAUGUGUGUUGUAUAUGUUUUGCAGAACAAGACAAUAUGAAACACACACUGUGGGAAUGUGAUUUCAGCGUUGCAGUUUGGGAUUGGCUGAAUAGAGUUUUUUGUUUUACAAAACCAAAUUCACUUGAAGAUGUCUGUAAAGCAUCCAAGAACAAGAGUCCAUUAAUCAGGCAGAUUUGGAUGACAACAGCUUGUGCAACCUUGAGAGAAUUAUGGUUCCAAAAGAAUGCAAAGCUGUUUGAAGAGAAGAAACCUAAUCUGAAUAGUUAUAAGAGCAGAAUUAUGCAGCUGGUUCAUGAAGGGGGUGUAGAAUGA